AGACAUUUCCCCCCAAGUGUGUCUUAUGGAGCGAAAUAGUGCCCCAUCAUUGGUGUCAGUGGGAAGAAUCGUGCCCCAUCAUUAGUGUCAGUGGGUAGAAUCGUGCCCCAUCAUUAGUGUCAGUGGGAAGAAUCGUACCCCAUCAUUGGUAUCAGUGGGAAGAAUCGUGCCCCCAUCAUUAUUGUCAGUGGGAGGAAUAGUGCCCCAUCUUUGGUGUCAGUGGGAAGAAACGUGCCCCAUCAUUGGUGUCAGUGGGAGGAAUAGUGCCCCAUCAUUGGUGUCAGUGGGAAGAAUCGUGCCCAAUCAUUGGUGUCUGUGGGAGGAAUAGUGCCCCAUCAUUGGUGUCAGUAGGAGAAAUGUGCCCCAUCAUUGGUGUCAGUGGGAGGAAUAGUGCCCCAUCAUUGGUGCCAGUGGGAAGAAUCGGGCCCAUCAUUAGUGUCAGUGGAGGGAGGAAUAGUGCCCCAUUAUUGGUGUCAGUGGGAAGAAACGUGCCCCAUCAUUGGUGUCAGUGGGAAGAAACGUGCCCCAUCAUUGGUGUCAGUGGGAGGAAUAGUGCCCCAUCAUUGGUGUCAGUGGGAAGAAUCGUGCCCCAUCAUUGGUGUCAGUGGGAGGAAUAGUGCCCCAUAAUUAGUGUCAGUGGGGGGAGGAAUAG